GUUCUCUUUCUGGGAGACUCAAACGGGCGAGAAAUUUACCGUGAUUUCAUAUCCAGAAGCUCAUGCAAAGUGCAAAUCUCUGAAGACAAGAUUCGCUGGCAUAAACCCCUAAAGUGUGCCAAUGAAUCACUUAAUCUGACCAUGGAAUGGUUUCCACAUUCUCAUCCUUUCUACACUGAUAGUGAUGCCUGGGCCGACAAUAAUUGGAUUACAGCUGCAAAUAAAGUCAUAGAUGCCAUACCCAGCAACGGAAGACACUUUGUCUACAUCAAUCACUUCCUCCAUUUAACUAGCACACACAUCAGUGCUUAUGUGGCAAUGAUGACCGCCAUCAAGGAAUCUAUUAAGAGAUUGUUGAUGAGAAAUCCUGACUGUUUUCUAGUUAUCAUU